AUGACAGACACUGCAGCCCAACAUCAUGAUCAGCUCAAAGAACAACAGCAGGACAAUGCUUUGAUCACAGAUGGAUCCAUCAUUACCAUACGCUCAAACCAUAGUUCAAUUGCAGACGCAUAUUCCGAUGAUGCAGAUUAUGAUUCUCUGGACACCAUUGCUGAGCAACAGCAACAAAAUGAAAAGGAUGUCAUCGCUACCAGUAUACCCACUGCAAAUCAGCAACAGCAGCGUCGUCGUCGUGCUUUAACCGUAACUCAAAAUAAUCGUCCAGGAGACAAAGAUGAGGACAAGCCAAGAGCAACCAACAAUGAAAGCACACAGUCAGGGGAAGAACAGCUACCAACUGCUACAGUCACUGAUGAUAUGAAUCUCAAGGACCAAAUCCAUGAAUUGGAUGAUACAUUAAUUGAUGGGAAUCAUCGUCUUUCGGACUCAGAUUACGAUGAUGAUGACGAUCUGGUGUCAGGGCACAAGAGACACCAAAGCCAUCGUUCUACAAUGUCCUCGAUCCAUUCUUACGUUUCAAGUGCUUCCAAUUACGACUUGUUAUUGGCUAGAUUAGGAUCCAAAGACACCACAUCUUCCACAAGCACCAGCACAUUGGAUACACCAACUCAAGAAAUUAGGAAUUCAUUUGACAGAGUCUACAACGAUGCUGUAUGUAAAGGCGAAGAGGAUGAAAUUGACUGGGAAUUCUGGUCAAAGGUCAUCUCGGACUUCAACAGUGUUGCCAAAACAGAACCCAAGGUGCUGUCAUACAAUAUACAGAGAGGAAUCCCACCAACGCUUCGUGGUAUGAUUUGGCAGUUAUUCGCAAAGAGUAAGAAUGUGAAGCUGGAGGAACAGUACAUGCAGUUGUUGAAGGAUGAGUCUGUCUAUGAAAAGGCGAUUGCAAGAGAUUUACCAAAAGCAUCUUUUAUGAAUCACGAGUAUUUCGCUGUGCAAGAUGGCCAGGAGGCUUUGUUUAAUGUGGUGAAGGCAUAUUCCUUGUACGAUACAGAAGUGGGCUACAGCCAAGGAUUGUUACAUAUCACUGGACCUUUACUCUUGAAUAUGCCAGAAGAAGAAGCCUUUUGUAUCAUUGUCCAGUUGAUGAACAAAUAUGACCUGAGAGGCCAUUUCUUGCCACAAUCAGAUCUUUUAUCGCAAAGACUAUACCAAUUGGAAGGCCUGGUGGCCGAUCAUCUACCCCACAUCCAGAGACACUUUCAGGCACACGGCGUGAGAUCAAAUAUGUAUGCUUAUCAGUGGUUUAGCACCUUGUUUGCAUACAAGUUCCCACUAGACACUGUGUUUCGCAUCUACGACAUGAUUUUUGCCGAAGGAAUAGAGACAUUACAUCGCUUUUCUGUUGCGCUAUUAGAGAAAAAUCAAUCGACCAUUCUCAGCCUUGAGUUUGAUGAUCUGGUCAACUUUUUGAAAAGCGAUCUACUGGAGAUCUACAUGGAAAAUGCAAAUCAACUGGUCAAAGAUGCUUUCCAAAUCCACAUUGUCUCCAAGAGAUUGGAUCGAUUAGCCAAAGACUACCAAGUGGAAUCCGCCCGAGCCAAUAACGAAGCAGAGGCCAUUGAAGCUUUGAAACGACAAAACAAAGCAUUAGCCGAAUCAAUCAAAAAGAUGGAUAUGGAAUACAGCGAGUUGAACAAGGAGCACACUGAAGUUGCAACAGAGCUGAUCACAGCCAAGAUGGAUAUUGCGCGUAUCCAUGAUGAGAAUGAAGCACUACGCCAGCAAUCCAAUGAUCUCAAAAAGGCGCUGGAAACACUACCUGCAGAAGUUGAAACUCGAGUUAAAGAGGAGAUGGAGAUCCUAUAUACCAAAAAUGCAGCACUUGUAGAAAGAAACUCUGCUCUCGAAGAUCAAUUGGCGUAUAUGGAGAACAUGAUUAUUGAGAUCAAAGAAAAGUACUCAGAGAGCGAAAAUGAACGAGAGGGAUUGAGACAAAGAUUGACGGACCUCAAGCGACUGAUGGGUUGA